AAAAAGUUGAAAAAAAAAAGUGUUACCCGUCCACGACCCAUUUUUUCUUUUAUUUUAAAAACAGCCAUCUUUAGCAGGGCCUUUGGGAAGAUCAUUGGGUACAAUUAGGAGAUUUACAACUGCUGAAAGAUGAGGCUAGGAUUGCCUGAAGAUUACGUAGUUGGAUACCCUUCACAGGUGGCGAAAAAUGCCUAUGCUUCGGUCGAAAUUGCUAAAGAAGAAUCAAGAAUACUUGAUACCACCGUUACUACCCAAACUUUGCUAAAGUUUGUAAACCGAAAGACCGAUAAAGACCCUACCACUGCUUCAAGAAUGGAGAUUGAAGAGUUUAAUAAUGCAUUACAAACGUUUACUGAAAGUUUCCAUAAAAAAAUUCAGUUACAGACAAAGCAAGAUGAGGAUAGGUUUGAAUCUCAAUAUACAUAUAAGAAGAAAUCCGUGGCAUCAGAAAUGAAUACUUUGGAUAGCUUAUUCAAUCGAGCAUUAUCAGUUAACUCGAGUGAUGUCAACAGGGUGAUUAGAGAUAUCGAAGAACGUAGGAGAAGAGAAGAAGAAGAACGGAGAAGAAAGGAAGAGGAGGAAAAAAGGAGAAUAGAAGAAGAAAAGAGGAAAAUAGAAGAAUUGAAAAGAAAACAAAAGGAGGAAGAAGAGCGUAAGAGGAAAGAGGCAGAAGAGAAAAAACGCUUGGAACAGGAGAAGUUGAAGAAGCAAAAGGAAGAAGAAGAACGUAAAAAGCAAGAGAAAAUAGAAAGUGAAAAGAGAUUAGCAGAAGAAGAGAAACUUGAACUAGAAAGAAUUAAAAAGGAAGAAGCAAAGAAAGCAAAAGGGUUCACUAGUGUUGCAGCCGUAGAAGAAAUAUUUUUAAAAUACAAGAAGGAUAUUGUUGAGAUAAAAGAACAAAUUGUUGGUCAAUUGAACCAAAAUAAAGAACUAAAGAAAGAGUUUGGCCAAUUUAAACGUAAAAUCAAUCCAAAAUUCGGCCAACUAUCUAAUUCAAUGGCUCAGCUUGAUAGAAUCACUCGAGAAGUUUUAGAAUACAUUAGUUUUGCAAAAAAUGCUAAUGAUCUCAUCUAUAAUUGUAUUUUAAAUUUUGUUGCAAAAUCAAUUGUGUCCCAAGCAGAAGCAGAAGUCACCGUCAAACCGAAUGCUGCAAUUCCAUUAGCAAGAUUAACCGAAAGAAUAUUGGCUACAUUCCCCGAAUUCGAGUACUUUCUCUCAUGUAGACUAGUUAAAAAAUGUCCUUUUAUAAUAGGUUAUACUUGUUCCAUUGAAUCUGAAGAAGGUCGUACACGUAUGGGUUGGAAAAGAUCUAAUGAAAAGUGGGAACUAGAAGGGAAAUACGAAGAAAGAGUAGCAGGUAUUUGCACUCUUUGGGCAGUCAUAACUAGAACUGCCGAUCAUCUCAACCUCGAGAUUCUCUCCAUGAAAAGUGCCUGGGUGUUUUUGGCAAGAUUACUAAACACUAAUCCAAAAUUAAUAAGUAAUCCUCAUUUUUCAGUUGCUUGUAACUGGCUUGAAGCUUGCGCCCUUCAAUUUUUAGAAAUGUACGGAAAGCAGGGUUUAAAGCUUUGUUCAGCAUUGGUAAUUGAUUUUCCUAACUCUGUGGCUGACAAAGAACUCCCAGCAGCGACCGCUUUGAAGCUUCUUGGUAAGGAAUGGAUGCAAAAUGGUCGUCCGAAACAAUUGAAAGAAAUGGAACCUUGAUUUUGCUUUUUCUAAUGUCCCAUAGUCACGAUUUUAUAGCAUUAACGAUACAAUUACAGUAUAAACUUG